CUUUUAAAGACAUGCGAGUGGCAGUAAUUGGAGCUGGAGUUAUCGGCCUGUCCACAGCUCAAAGCAUAUAUGAACAGUAUCACUCCACUGUCACGCCACUGACCAUCGAGGUGUUUGCAGAUCGUUUCACACCACUGACCACAAGUGAUGGAGCUGCUGGCUUAUGGCAGCCAUAUCUCCAUGACAAAGGCAACAUCCAGGAGACAAAAUGGAAUAAAGAGACAUUUGACUACCUGCUAAGCUUCCUCAGUUCACCAGAUUCCAUAAAAAUGGGUGUAUUCCUUCAGUCUGGUUACAACCUCUGCACUGAACCAGCACCUGACCCCUCCUUUAAAGAUGCUGUCCUCGGCUUCAGACGUCUCACGGAACAAGAGCUUCAGCUGUUUCCUGGCUAUACCUAUGGAUGGUUCAACACUGCUGUUAUGUUGGAAGGAAAAACCUACUUACCUUGGCUGAUGGAUUGGUUGAAAGAAAGAGGUGUGAAGUUUUACCACCGGAAAAUCGGGUCCUUCAAAGAACUUGCAGAAACUGGGGCAGAUGUAAUAAUUAACUGCAGUGGAAUGAGAUCAGGAGAGCUGCAGCCUGACCAUGAUCUCAAACCUGGGAGGGGCCAGAUAGUGAAGGUGGAGGCACCCUGGCUGAAGCAUUGGAUUAUUACUCACAAUUUUGAUGCAGGAGUCUAUAACUCACCGUACAUCAUUCCAGGGAGUCGUCUUGUGACUGUGGGUGGAUUGUUCCAAAUAGGAAACUGGAGUGAAGUGAACAGUUCCACCGACCACAAGAAAAUCUGGGAAGAUGCUUGCAAACUGGAGCCUAGUCUCAAGCAUGCUAGGAUAGUAGAGGCCUGGACGGGCCUCAGACCUGUCCGUAGCAAAGUCAGGCUGGAGAGGGAAACCAUACAGUCUGAAGCAACUUCAAUCGAGGUUAUACACAACUAUGGCCAUGGAGGCUUUGGCCUCACCAUUCACAGAGGAUGCGCCCAGGAAGCAGCGAGGCUCUUCGGUCAGAUCGUGGAAAAAAAAGACAAAGGCCCAAGAGCUCGGUUGUAAAUCAGUAUCAUAGUAGAACUCCAUAUUCAGCCUUU